AAACAAACCGCCAACACGCCUCCAACUCCCCUCCCGACACUCCUCGCUGCCUGCAAAGCGCGGCGCGGCAUCGGCUCGCCACAAGGCGCCCCCAACACGUCGCCCUCGCCGUCCGACAGCGAGCUGGAAGUCUCCAGCCUGUCCAGUUUGGAGUUUUGUAUUCCUCCCCCUCGGCGCUUCAGCGUUCGCCGCCGCCCUGUGAGCGGCGACGACGCACCGGUUGAGUGUCUGCCCACUCAGCAGGGCGCCAGAAGACGGCGUGUGGACGCUCAAAACCGGAGUAGAGCGCCUGAUCCCCCGAAGAGCAUCCUGAAGAAGCGCGCGUCUCUGGGGGUGACGCACGCCUACGAUGCCAUCAGGAAGUCCAAGUCCGUAGAAUUGUUGGACGGCGGCGCGGGGCGAGGGAGCGGCGCUCGUCCAGCCCGCCCUCCCUCCCCCGGCGUGCGGCGCUGCUCCAGCGUGCGGCGCUCCUCCAGCCCGCCCUCCCCCUGCGCCAAGCAGCUGAAGUGGAAGAUGCACUUCCUGGAAGAGAAGCUUCGCUUCUCCAGCUUCCUGGAUGAAAUCACCUGCCGGGUCAUGAGCCCCGCCCACCUCACCAUGCUCGGCAGGGAGGCCUCCAGAGCGCCGCGAAGUCCCGCCCCCGGCCACCACGGCCGACCCCAGAAGAAGCGGUCACCGACGGAGGGAAAGUCGUCGGGCCGCAGCGAGCGUUGGGACGGCUGGGUCGCGGCUCUGCAGUGCUCCGAGCGCUUCAAGCCCCCGCAGGACGGCGAGCCGGGCAGGGAGACCCCAGAGCCCAGGGAAGCCAUCACAAAGGGGGCGGGGCUUCUAGAUGAAGUAUCGAAGGUAAAUAAAAGAGAAAAGUUGGAUUGUCAACAAACAGACGACGCGCACAAACAUGGACUUCCUCUUACUAAACAAGAAGUAGUGUCGCGUGUCAAGGACCUUCUAUCCGAUUCCGACCGCAUCAGAAUUCUUCAGCAGCAGAAUGAGGAUCUGCGACGGCGCCUUUCUCUCUCAACUCACAAGAUGGAGGCCAUGGAGGCGGAGUUUGAUGGCGGCCGCCAUUACAUGGAGGCGGAGCUAAGUCGAACCAGAGAUGAUCUUGACAAGAUGAGGGACAAGUUUCGCCGACUCCAGAACAGCUACACGGCGUCUCAGCGGGCCAAUCAGGACUUGGAAGAGAAGCUUCACGCUCUGGCUGCUGUCAGCCAGACCUGGGUCCAUGCACUGCGCAAGGUGGAACGGGACAAGAAGACGAUGGACCAGGAGAUCGUGGAGCUCACCAACAAGUUGCUGGAGGCCAAGAACACAAUCGACCGCCUGGAGGAGCUAAACGAACGCUACCGGCAGGACUGCAACCUCGCCGUGCAGCUGCUCAAGUGCAACAAGUCCCAUUUUAGGAACCACAAGUUUGCUGACCUGCCGUCGGAGCUGCAGGACAUGUUGAGCAAGCACAUGAAGAGCAGCUUCCCAGAGCGAAGCCCCGCCCCCUCCGGCCAGGACCCCGACACGCUGAGCUUGACGCCGUCCGACGUGGUCCCCACCUCCGUCAUCGCUCGCGUCCUGGAAAAACCCGAGCCGCUGCUCCUGAACUCAGCCCAGUCCAGCAGCUGCGGCUGGCCUGUGGCCGAGGACGUCUUCGUGCACGUGGACAUGACGGGGGGCUCGCAGGCGGCGCCCGCCGAGGAGCGAGGGUGCGACGAGGACGGCGCCGAGGACGUGGCCACGCUCAACGGCUCGUGCCGGAGCCAGAGCAGCCUGGACGCCGGCGAGGAGACAGGGGGCCGGGCGCCGUCUUUCGACAAGCUCAACCCGUACCCUCCCCCGCCGCCGCCCAACCCGAUGUACCCGGGGCGCAAGGUCAUUGAAUUCUCCUCCGACGACAAAGUGAAAAUCCCCAAGAACAGCCCGCUGCCCAACUGCACGUACGCCACCCGCCAGGCCAUCUCGCUCAGCCUGGUGCAGAACGACGAGCCGCCUUCUGGCAGCCCCGCCCUCUUACGCGGUGGUGCGGGGAUCCACCCUCUGCGGCAGGACGCCGGCGUGGAGUUGACGUCCAAUCAGUCCAGCCCCUUCAGCAGCCCCCCGCAGGCGCCAAGCGUACUCACCAGCUCUGGCAGCUCCGAGGAGGACCUUCUGGCCAACUGGCAGCGCAUGUUCGUGGACAAGAUGGCCGCUCCGCCGCAGCAGCAGGCAGCGGGUGGAGCAUCCUCGUCGGAGCGCCACCGAGCGGCGUACUCCGACGGCGAGGAGGGCUCCUCGGCACACAGCUGGACUCCGAGCCGCGGCUCCAGCCUGGACACGGACACCGACACGGAGCCACGCCCCUACGGCGCGGGCCAAUACGGAGGCAGCGGCGACUCUGUGGACGCCGGCGAGCGGCUGCUGAUGAAGCUGGACGAAGACGGCGGCAGCGGGGACACGGCGCUCACCAUGACAACGUGCCACGCCGACGCUCCCGGAGAAGAGGAGCAGGAAGUCCCGCCCCGCCUCCUGGACUUUGACCCCACCUUCGCUGCGGCGGCGCUGCCGCGACCUCACAGGAGCCCCAAGAGGAUGGGCGUACACCACCUGCACCGCAAAGAUGGCCUGAGCCACGCCCACCAGCACCUGAUGGACUGAAACCCCGCCCACCCAGGUCUGACACCACACCCACCCAGGAUACAGCCAUACACGCACUUUCCGUGCCUACCAUCUGCGCUACGACGUCAGGUCGAAGGUCAGACAGAAUCAUCAUCCACUGUGGGGGCGGGGCUAUCGUUUUUUUAUUCAAUUGCUUUAUCUGGAGGAGGAAAACCAACUUUCGAAUGUGGAUGCAUCAUUUUUAGUUUUACUCCUUAUCAGGUGAAAAUGUGCAUUAGCAGGUUAGCACGCUAGCAGCUGCGGGGGUGUAUGUUUGGGGCACCUAACAAUUCCAUCCGAUUCUUAGGUAGACUAUUCCAUUCAGAAUCGAUUCAAACAAUGUGUUUUUCUGGGGUGUCCAAACUACGGCCCACUUUCGUGUUCAUUUUGGCCCGUGAUAGGUCUCACGUUUAUUUCGGAAUCUGGCCCGUGGGCUGCCUCCGACUUAAUUUCAAACAUCUGACAAUAUAAUUGCUUCAACUGUGCCACUAUCUUGGAGACUACGUGAGUAGCUCAUGUUAAUGACCAUGAAUUGCUCUCUGAAGUGUACGUAGCACAGUAUUUUUAUAUAUGACCCAAUCCAAACAACCAUUACCACUCACGAUGCAAAAAGUCAACAAACAUGGUCACACACAACACAACCUGCUCACUGAACUUUGUGGAUAUUAUAAAAAAUGUCCAUGAUACAACACGUAAUUCAAAAUUAGACUUAAACUUCCUUUUAUUGUCAUUCAAAUUUGAACUUUACAGUACAUAGAAGAACAAAAUUUUGUUGCAUUAACUCUUGGUAGUGCAGGAUAAAAGAACAAUAAGGUGCAUAUAUAAAUAAAUAGAUUACUGUACAGAUAAAUAUAUUGCACUUUUGCAUAUGCAUCCACCAAUUCGAAUCCACUGCAAUGCAUGAUGGGAAAAUGCAAAACACACUCCACACUUAUCCAUUUUUGGCGCAUUUGAGCUGCUUGAUAUUUUUGAUUGAUGAUAAAACUUUAAGAAGGUCGUCAUGGAAGUAAACACGGUAGCAGUCAAACUUUCACAUACUCUUAAUAUCCAGUUAUAUUAUUAAUUAUAUAUCCAUCAUAUUAACAUAACGUGUUUAUAUAUGUGUAUGUAUGUAUAUAGUUGCGUGUAUAUAUGCGCGUAUACGUACGUAUGUAUGUAUAUGUAUGCGACAUGUGUGUAUAUAUAUACAUAUAUACGUAUGUAUAUAUGCGCGUACAUAUGUAUGUAUAUGUACGUGUAUGUAUGCGUACUUAUAUAUUUACGUAUAUAUGUAUAUAGUACAUAUAUAUAUAUAUAUAUAUAUAUAUAUAUAUAUAUAUAGUAUACGCGACCCCAAAGGGAAUAAGCGGUAGAAAAUGGAUGGAUGGAUGUAUACAGUGUGUAUAUAUGUAUAUAGUACAUAUAUAAAUAUUUAUAUAGUAUAUAUAUGUAUAUACUACAUAUAUAAAUAUGUUUACACACGUGUGUAUACAUACAUAUACAAAUAUAUGUAUACAUAUGCAUGUAUACAAAUAUACGCAUACAUAUAUGCACAUAUAUGUAUUUAUAUAUACAUAUAUACACAUAUAUAUGAUAUAUAUGUAUACUAUAUACAUAUAUAUUCACACUAUAUACAUAUAUGUAUGUGUGUAUAUAUAUAUAUAUAUAUAUAUAUAUAUAUAUAUAUAUAUAUAUAUAUAUAUGUGUAUAUAUAUAUAUAUAUAUAUAUAUAUAUAUAUAUAUAUAUAUAUAUAUAUAUAUAUAUAUAUAUAUUGGCCAAUUUUAUUUAAUUAUUUUUAGCACAAUCUAUCCCCCAAAUCAAAAAGUUUGGACACCCCUGUAUUAUUUGCUGUAAUAAUUAUAAUGAAACAUUUUUAAAACAGGUUCCAACUUAUAAAAGCUCAUUCUGCUCGCAUGGUGAUGUUCUAAAAACGUACUUUUUAAAAUUGAUUCCAACAUUUUUUUUAUGUUGACUUUUGAAAACGAAGAAUCGAUUUUGAACUAGAAUGAAUAAGAAUCGCGAUUCGGAUGCAAAUCUUUUAAUCUUUUGUUUUAUUUUUUCCAGCACCCUUACCAACAGCACGUUAGCACUAGUUUCUUCUUCCAGAUGAUUGUCUUUUAUUGUUGUUGGCGAAGGUAACAAUGAGAAUGUGACCAGCGCAGAAUGACGCUCACCGAGAACACUGAUUGAUUGACACCACGUCUGUCUUAUUCGUCCAGUAUUGAUCACCUCUAAUGUCCAGUAUUGAUCACCUCUGAUGUGUAGUAUUGAUCAUUUCUGAUUAUUCAGUCAAAUCAGAAUCAGGUCAAAUUCAGCUGAUAGGGACGAACACAUGAAUGCGUUUAUGGAAAAAAAAAAAAAAAUUCUCGUUAGAUGAUGCGGUCCCUGACUGAGCGGCUGUUGCAUUGUGGGACGCCGUCUACUUUGGUUGCGUCAGCCAUGUUCAUUGCAAAGAUUUUCAAGUUGGAAAAAGGGCUGCUAACAAAAUAAAAGCCUCCCUGGCUGCUCGCUGCAAGAGCGCCCAAAGGCAGCGCGGUCUUCCAAAGGCAGCGCGGUCUUCCUUGCCUUCAUCAUUUCAAUAUUUCAGAUGAAGCAGUUGGAGUAAAAAUAGAUUUUACCUUCUGCAUCUUUAAUGAGUCAUCACCUCUCGUCAUCUUUUCUCUUUUCUCUCAGGGCGCUUCUUGUCUUUGUCUCUACUUUUUCCUAAAUGCCCUAAAGGAUAUUUGUAAAAUUCCAUUGACUAAUCAUUUGGAUUGCGAACUUUCAUUUUGAAGUUGCCUGCCAUGUCCCACAAUGCAUCAGGACAGCUGCUCACAGGAAGCGCCUGUCACCGUUUUGUUUACACAAGAAGGUAAUCAUUAAAGUCAGUGUUUUACUUUUUGCUAGAUUAUCUUCACCUCGUUUUCAGAAUCCAAGCUAGCUGCUAAUUAGCGUUUGUUGUGUUUACUUAGCAAACUUGUGCUAGCACGUGUUCGCCUGGCGUGACAACACAACACAACAUGGCUGCCAGGGGAGCGCAGUUAAGUGACUGAAAGGAACUUUGAUGUAACGCCGCCUCCUCGUCAACCGGUGGUUGCAUGGAUGCUGACCUUUGACCCCAGCCAAGCACUGCAAGCUCUCCUGACUGAACUCUUCCCGUAGUUUGAUUUCCUUGUCUUUGUUGGACAAAAGUGCUUAAAAUGAUUUUAUUUUCUCAAUUUGUAAACUGAUGUAUAUUUUAAAAUUAAAAACGUAAACACCU